GGACGGGGGUCCAGGCGGCGCGGGUCACACGCUGGUCGCGGGCGCUCGCCGCCCCUCCCCCCGGGCUCCGCACUAUUUUGGGUGGUGUAGACCCCGCCCCCACCCCCGCCGCGCCCCGGCUCCGCGGCAGCUGGAGGGGUCCCGCCGCGCCUGUUGGGGCCGCACCUCGGACCGGGGCCGCCGGCGCGUCUGCAGCCAUGUCGGGCCGCUCGGUACCACAUGCCCACCCGGCCACCGCCGAGUACGAGUUUGCCAACCCGAGCCGCCUGGGCGAGCAGCGCUUCGGGGAAGGCCUCCUGCCAGAAGAGAUCCUGACCCCUACCCUCUACCACGGCUACUAUGUCCGGCCCCGGGCCGCGCCAGCUGGGGAGGGCGGCCGGGCAGGGGCCUCCGAGCUUCGGCUCAGCGAGGGCAAGUUCCAGGCGUUUCUGGACGUGAGCCACUUUACCCCAGAUGAGGUGACCGUGAGGACUGUGGACAACCUCCUGGAGGUGUCCGCCCGGCACCCGCAGCGCCUGGACCGCCACGGCUUCGUGUCGCGCGAGUUCUGCCGCACCUACGUCCUGCCCGCUGACGUUGACCCCUGGCGGGUCCGCGCCGCGCUCUCCCACGACGGCAUCCUCAACCUGGAGGCGCCUCGGGGCGGCCGACAUUUGGACACAGAGGUCAACGAGGUCUACGUCUCCCUGCUCCCAGCGCCCCCUGAUCCAGAGGAGGAGGAGGAGGCCGUCGGUGUUGAGCCCUGAGCGCCACAGACCCGCACCCACUGAACCCCUUUCUAGUAGUUCCCGGCCCGUGAUAGAAGCAGCUGCCCAGCACCCCGGAGGUAGCCGCAUCCUUGGGGGAAGGGAAACGUGCAUGGUCACAAUGUAUGGUUUGGUCCCUUGGGACGUGUCAUAGCAUUUUUUUUGUUUGUAUUUUGUUUAGUUUUGGGUGGAGCUGAAUAAACCCAAAUCUCAGG